CUUCCCUCUCACAAACCCUAGCGGCGGAGAAGGCAAUCUCGCUCUCUCUCUACUGCAUCGCGGCUCUCGUCCUCGAUUACUUGAGAUAUGGCAGGAAAGGGCGAGGGGCCGGCGAUCGGGAUCGAUCUCGGCACCACGUACUCGUGCGUCGGGGUGUGGCAGCACGACCGGGUGGAGAUCAUCGCCAACGAUCAGGGGAAUCGUACCACCCCCUCCUAUGUCGCCUUCACCGACUCCGAGCGCCUUAUCGGCGACGCUGCCAAGAACCAGGUCGCCAUGAACCCCAUCAACACCGUCUUUGAUGCAAAGCGUUUAAUUGGUAGGCGAUUCAGUGAUUCAUCUGUCCAGAGUGACAUCAAGCUCUGGCCUUUCAAGGUCAUUCCUGGUCCAGGUGACAAGCCCAUGAUUGUUGUCCAAUACAAAGGGGAGGAUAAACAGUUUGCAGCUGAAGAGAUUUCUUCGAUGGUUUUGAUAAAGAUGAAAGAAAUUGCUGAAGCCUACCUGGGGUCUGUUGUCAAGAAUGCCGUCGUCACUGUUCCCGCUUACUUCAAUGACUCGCAGCGCCAGGCCACAAAGGAUGCUGGUGUCAUUGCUGGUCUCAAUGUAAUGAGAAUCAUCAAUGAGCCCACAGCAGCUGCUAUUGCUUAUGGCCUUGACAAGAAGGCUACUAGUGUUGGUGAGAAGAAUGUCCUCAUCUUCGAUCUCGGUGGUGGCACUUUUGAUGUCUCCCUUCUUACCAUCGAGGAGGGUAUCUUUGAGGUCAAGGCCACUGCUGGUGAUACCCAUCUUGGUGGUGAGGACUUUGACAACCGCAUGGUCAACCAUUUUGUCCAAGAGUUCAAGAGAAAGAACAAGAAGGAUAUCAGUGGGAACCCUAGGGCUCUUAGGAGGUUGAGGACAGCAUGUGAGAGGGCAAAGAGGACUCUCUCCUCCACGGCACAAACCACGAUCGAGAUUGAUUCCUUGUACGAGGGAAUUGAUUUCUACUCCACCAUUACCAGAGCCAGGUUUGAGGAGCUAAACAUGGACCUGUUUAGGAAGUGUAUGGAGCCUGUGGAGAAGUGUCUGAGGGAUGCCAAGAUGGACAAGAGCACUGUCCAUGAUGUGGUUCUUGUUGGUGGAUCUACCAGAAUCCCAAAGGUUCAGCAGUUGUUGCAGGACUUCUUCAACGGGAAGGAGCUUUGCAAAAGCAUCAAUCCUGAUGAGGCAGUUGCCUACGGUGCUGCUGUUCAGGCUGCUAUUCUUAGCGGUGAGGGUAACGAGAAGGUGCAAGACCUGCUUCUGUUGGAUGUCACUCCUCUUUCUCUUGGUCUGGAGACUGCUGGAGGAGUUAUGACCGUCUUAAUUCCCAGGAACACUACCAUUCCCACGAAGAAGGAACAGGUGUUCUCUACGUAUUCAGACAACCAACCGGGUGUCUUGAUCCAGGUUUAUGAGGGAGAGAGGACCCGGACCAGAGACAACAAUCUGCUUGGAAAAUUUGAGCUCUCUGGGAUUCCACCUGCGCCUAGGGGGGUUCCUCAGAUCACGGUUUGCUUCGACAUUGACGCCAAUGGUAUCUUGAAUGUCUCUGCUGAAGACAAGACCACUGGACAGAAGAACAAGAUCACCAUCACCAACGACAAGGGUAGGCUCAGCAAGGAGGAGAUUGAGAAAAUGGUGCAGGAAGCGGAGAAGUACAAGUCAGAAGAUGAGGAGCAUAAAAAGAAGGUGGAAUCGAAGAAUGCUCUGGAAAACUAUGCUUACAACAUGAGGAACACCAUUAACGACGACAAGAUUGCCUCCAAGCUUGCUGCUGCUGACAAGAAGAAGAUCGAGGAUGCGAUCGAGCAGGCCAUCCAAUGGCUCGAUGGCAACCAGUUGGCAGAAGCCGACGAGUUCGAUGACAAGAUGAAGGAGCUGGAGAGCAUAUGCAAUCCCAUCAUCGCCAAGAUGUACCAGGGAGCAGGUGCUGACAUGGCUGGUGGUAUGGAUGAUGAUGCUCCUCCUGCUGGUGGCAGCGGCGCUGGUCCAAAGAUCGAGGAGGUCGAUUAAGUUAUCUCGUCCCUAGUCGGCCUUAUAUUAUAUAGGCUUUCAUGCAAGUGUUUCGUUUACGCAAUUUAGUUUCCUAAGCUUAUCGAAUUCGGUACAAUGUUGUUGGUUUAUCCUGAACUAUGUUUGCUAUUCGAAAUCGCAUCUAAUUUCAAUUUUAAGUACUCCCUUAUGGA